GUAAGAAAUGUCCUGUUUCCUCUCCUCUCCGUGGAGGUGUGUGCUGAGUGUCACAGUGGGCGUCUCUGCGUGAAGCGCAGCCUCCUCCCAGCCAGGCCACUCCCGGGAAGCGCGCCGCCCGCCUCGAGCACUGACGGACGGACGGACCGUCCCCGCUGCUCUUCCUCAGUGCGCCUCGGCCGUCUCUCCUGCGCGCAUCUGUCCUCCUGGCUCCUGGUUGUGGAUGAAGGCAUGUGGGAAGGACUGUGACGCUCCGAGCAGCAUGUAGCACCUGGAGCUGCCCUCCUCCUCCUCCUGCUCCUCUCGGCUCUGCGUGUUCUCCACCUCCCGGAGCGCUCAUUCUUCCGCUCCGCAUCGCCUUCAGCGGGAUUUUUUAUUAGUUUUUUUCUUACGGGGAUCUUGUUGGGGGUGGGUGGGGGUUGGGGGUGCUCAGGCCUGUUUUUAGAGGAGUGAGUCUCCAUCCCUCAGCACCUCCCGGUCGAUGGUCGUAGAGGAAGCUUCCAUCUUGAGCAGCGCUUCUACAGUCGGAACCAUGGCGAGCGACUCCCCGGCGCGGAGUCUGGAUGAGAUAGACCUGUCUGCACUAAGGGACCCAGCUGGGAUCUUCGAGCUGGUCGAACUGGUUGGAAAUGGCACCUAUGGACAGGUCUACAAGGGUCGCCAUGUCAAAACAGGCCAGCUUGCUGCUAUCAAGGUCAUGGACGUUACUGGAGAUGAGGAAGAGGAGAUUAAAGCAGAGAUUAAUAUGCUGAAGAAGUACAGUCACCACAGAAAUAUUGCAACCUAUUAUGGUGCUUUUAUCAAGAAAAACCCUCCUGGAAUGGAUGACCAGCUAUGGCUAGUGAUGGAGUUCUGUGGGGCCGGAUCGGUGACGGACCUGAUCAAAAACACCAAAGGGAAUUCUUUGAAGGAGGAGUGGAUCGCCUACAUCUGCAGGGAGAUACUUAGGGGCUUAACCCAUCUCCACCAGCACAAAGUCAUCCACAGGGACAUAAAGGGCCAGAAUGUGCUUCUGACUGAGAACGCAGAGGUUAAACUAGUGGAUUUUGGUGUGAGUGCCCAGCUGGACCGCACGGUGGGGAGAAGGAACACAUUUAUCGGGACGCCGUACUGGAUGGCCCCCGAGGUCAUCGCCUGUGACGAGAACCCUGACGCCACAUACGACUUCAAGAGUGAUCUGUGGUCGCUCGGCAUUACAGCCAUAGAGAUGGCAGAGGGAGCACCACCCCUGUGCGACAUGCAUCCAAUGAGAGCGCUCUUCCUCAUCCCCAGAAACCCUGCUCCCAGGCUUAAGUCAAAGAAGUGGUCGAAAAAGUUCCAGUCAUUCAUAGAUAGCUGUUUGGUGAAGAGCCACAGCCAGCGACCGAGCACCGAGCAGCUCCUCAAACACCCGUUUAUCAGAGACCUUCCCAACGAGCGGCAGGUCCGGAUCCAGCUAAAGGACCACAUUGACCGAACCAAGAAGAGGAGAGGAGAGAGGGAUGAAACGGAAUAUGAGUACAGUGGUAGUGAGGAAGAGGAUGAAGAGAGGGAUAUCGGAGAGCCCAGCUCAAUCAUCAACAUUCCCGGGGAGUCCACUCUCAGACGGGACUUCCUGCGCCUCCAGCUGGCCAAUAAGGAGCGAUCGGAGCUGAUCCGGCGUCAGCAACUUGAGCAGCAGCAGAACGAAGAGCACAAGCGCCAACUACUGGCUGAGAGGCAGAAACGCAUCGAGGAGCAGAAGGAGCAGCGGCGACGGCUGGAAGAGCAACAGCGUCGAGAGCGGGAGAUGAGGAAGCAGCAGGAGCGGGAACAAAGGAGGAGGUAUGAGGAGAUGGAACAGCUCCGGCGGGAGGAGGAGAGGAGGCACGCAGAGAGAGAACAGGAGUAUAUCCGUAGACAGCUGGAGGAGGAGCAGAGGCAGCUGGAGAUCCUGCAACAGCAGCUUCUGCAAGAGCAAGCUUUACUGCUGGAGUACAAGAGGAAGCAGAUUGAGGAGCAGCGGCAGGCGGAGCGGCUGCAGAGGCAGCUGCAGCAGGAGCGGGCCUACCUGGUGUCUCUGCAGCAGCAGCAGCAGGAGCCUCCCCGGCCGCCACAGGACAAGAAGCAGCUUUACCAUUACAAGGAUCAGGCGCCAAGCAGCAACGACAAGCCAGCCUGGGCCAAAGAGGUGAUGCGACGAGCUCAGAGCAAUUCACCUCGCAUCCCCCCAAAGAAGUAUCACUCCUUCAAAGAGAAGCGGGAAGUCAACCUGGACAACCUCCUCCUGCUGCCUGGUUACAGGCCUCCCCGGCCCCGCCCCCCUUCUUACCCUGCUCAUGUCAGCCCCUCCAGGGACAACCUGCAUGUACCCAGAAUCCGGAUCACCUGCCUACCCGAGGAGAAUUAUUCAGACCCACCGAUGAGGAGGGAGAGUCCCGGCAGGAGCCCUGUGAGGUGCCCUGACUCCAGGGGCCGCAGCCCCGCCCGCCGGGUGGAGGAACAUUAUAAGAUGAACAGACAGGGUUCUCCUGCAUUGCAGCAUAAAGUGUCCAACCGGAUCUCGGACCCAUCCUUGCCGCCCCGCUCUGAGUCCUUUAGCAGUGGAGGAAUCCAGCAGGCCCGGACUCCACCCAUGCACCGCUCCGUAGAACCGCAGAUGGCCCACCUGGUGCAGGUGAGGAGUCACGGCCUGUCAGGCUCCCAGUCCCUGUACGACCCCCACGGCGUGUCCUCCACCUCCGCGUCGCCCUCCCCCUCCCGGCCUCCCAUGCCCCGGCAGAACUCCGACCCCACGUCCGACACCCCUCCUCCCCCGCCACUGUCCCGCCUGGCACCCCCCCUCGACAAACUGGACCGCAGCUCGUGGCUGCGACAGGAUGACGACAUGCCGCCCAAGGUUCCUCAAAGGACCACUUCCAUUUCACCUGCCUUGGUCCGUAAGAACUCUCCUGGAAACGGUCCUGGACUCGGUCCACGGGCUGGAGCUCACCUCAUCCGGGCCAGCAACCCUGACCUGCGGAGGACUGAUAUUUCCAUGGAUACGCCUCUGAAGAGGACGAGCAGCGGCAGCUCUUCCAGCUCCAGCACCCCCAGCUCCCAGGGAGGCUCCAACGAACGAGGUAAUUCUGCUGCUAAAACCGACGGCUCCACGCUUUCCUCCCACGACACCAAAGACGACAGUAGAGAGCUGACUCGGCCCAGCAGGCCUGCAAGUUAUAAAAAAGCUUUAGACGAGGAGGAGUUGGACCUGACGGCUCUGGCCAAAGAGCUGAGGGAGCUGCGGCAGGGAGAGGAGACCAGCCGUCCGCCUGUCAAAGUGACCGACUACUCCUCCUCCAGCGAGGAGUCCCACAGCAGUGAGGAUGAGGAGGGAGAGGGCAGAUCUAAUGAUGGUUCGGUUGCCGUUAGCGAUAUACCGCGCAUCAUGCCUCCAGCAAGUCAAAGCACCAACGAGUCCUUCGGUGAGGUCGGAGGUGAAAAUGACAGCCACAGUGACUCGUAUGGAGACAGCUCCCAGGACAACACGCUCAUGAUGAGAGAGUACGGGAUGGGAGGAAGCGGAGGCUCCAAGGCUUCCUUCACCCCGUUUGUCGAUCCCAGGGUGUACGGCACCUCUCCGACUGAUGAUGACGAGAAGAGCUCUGCUGCAGCUCUGUUUGCCGACGAGCUGCUGAAACAGGAGCAGGAGCAGGCGAGGCUCAACGAGGCCAGGAAGAUCUCUGUGGUCAACGUGAACCCGACCAACAUCCGGCCGCACAGCGACACGCCCGAGAUCCGAAAAUACAAGAAGCGGUUCAACUCUGAGAUCCUCUGCGCUGCUCUGUGGGGAGUGAAUCUGCUGGUGGGGACAGAGAACGGUCUGAUGCUGCUGGACCGAAGCGGCCAGGGCAAAGUUUACAACCUGAUCAAUCGAAGGCGCUUCCAACAGAUGGACGUUCUGGAGGGACUCAAUGUUUUAGUCACCAUCUCAGGGAAGAAGAACAAGCUCCGAGUUUACUACCUGUCCUGGCUGAGGAACAGGAUAUUACACAACGACCCCGAGGUGGAGAAGAAGCAGGGCUGGAUCACAGUGGGGGAGCUGGAGGGCUGUGUGCACUAUAAAGUUGUGAAAUACGAGAGGAUUAAAUUCCUGGUGAUUGCUCUGAAGAACUCAGUGGAAAUCUACGCCUGGGCACCAAAACCUUAUCAUAAAUUUAUGGCCUUUAAGUCUUUUACAGAUCUUCAACAUCGCCCCCUGCUGGUAGAUUUAACCGUGGAAGAGGGCCAGCGGUUAAAGGUCAUCUAUGGCUCCACUGUUGGUUUCCAUGUGAUAGAUGUGGACUCUGGAAACCCGUAUGACAUAUACAUCCCCUCACAUAUUCAGGGUCAGGUUACCCCACACGCCAUCGUGGUCCUGCCCAAGACGGACGGCAUGGAGAUGCUGCUGUGUUACGAGGAUGAGGGCGUCUACGUCAACACCUAUGGGCGUAUCACCAAAGACGUGGUGCUGCAGUGGGGCGAGAUGCCCACAUCUGUGGCCUACAUCCACUCCAACCAGAUCAUGGGCUGGGGGGAGAAGGCCAUUGAGAUCCGGUCCGUGGAGACGGGACACCUCGAUGGAGUUUUCAUGCACAAGCGAGCUCAGCGACUCAAGUUCCUGACGGAGAGGAAUGACAAAGUCUUCUUUGCCUCGGUUCGCUCGGGAGGCAGUAGUCAAGUUUUCUUCAUGACCCUGAACAGAAGCUCCAUGAUGAACUGGUAACCCGCCUCCUUCUUGGAACCACCACCCUUUUGCAAGAGGGAUGACAGGAGGACAGUGUCCGUGCGUGUUUAUAUGUGUGUGUGUACUCAUGGACGACGGCGACAACAAGCUGCUGACUGGACUGCACAUCUGGAGGAGGUGUUAAACCCCUGCAGGAGGCGCUGCGGGUCCUGUGGUUGGCGUCAGUACCUGCAGACCAAAGGUGACCCCACAUGUCAGCGGUCGGCGCUUUGGCCUCCACCAGGGACUGUUGGACUUGACUGAUGGCUGACCUGACAAGUAGCCUUUGAGUAGGGAAGCCUUUUUUUGUAGCACAUCAGUGACUUUCAUCCAGGGUGUUCACACUGCGAGUAUACAGGUGGUUCACGGCCAUGCAGGCGUGUCUGCUGCAGCAAAACCUCACUGUUGUAGUUGUAGUGAGUAAGCAAAGUAGCAUUAGACAUAAAACUCACUUGAGAAUGAAAUAAUAAAUGCACACAAUUUUAGAAUCAUGCUGCUUUCAUCAUUUCUGUUUUAUUAGAUCAUGUGUGAAUCGAGCACAUGUGAGGAAAUCAACACCUGCAGAGUUUGGACAUUUUUUUUUGCUUCAGUUUUAGGAUUAGAAAUGCACAACUUUAGAAAGCAACAAAUAAAAGGCAACAGAAAACGAAUUGACUCAGAGCGCCUCCUGAUUGAAUUUGACAAUCUUAAUAGACAGUGAGAGGAAAUAUUUGACCAUAAGGUGAAAACAGGGCCACAACAUUUCACUGUUUCAGCCAUAGAUUGAAUAAAUCCUGCUGUAUUUUGUUCAAGCUUAAACUCUUAAAAGAUGGGGGGG